GAGCGGUUUGCUUGCUGUUACUAAGGUAACUGGCAGAGAGUAUCGAGAAUCAAACAGUCAACCUCGCAUGAGAAAAAUCUCAAAUAAUUAAAGCAAGCUUAUUUUUAACUUGACUAUAGAAAAAAUAAUAAAAAAUGACUGCUGAUAAGGGCUUUAAGGGAGCCCCGUUUGGAAAUCAAGCCCCAAGAUUUGAAGUCCAUGGAAUCCAUCCCAGUAGAUUAAAACCUGGAACAUAUACACAGAUAUCUAGUAAUGCUGGCUACCUUAGUUCUCUAUUGGGACCUGGACGUUACGAUGUCGAAGUAGGCGAUUUUAAUUUGAAAUCAAUGGAAAUCAAAGCUAGAGGUCCAGGAUGGGCGAGACAAUACGAGACAGAAAAACUUGCCGCUAUGCCACAUCUUUUAAAUCGAGAACAGCAUUCGCUUAAAAAAGAGUUAGUAAGGAAACUAGGUCCGGGAUCGUACGAAUAUCGGGACUUUCUGACAGACGAUAAACCAAGAAGUACAAGAGGUAUUGUAGAUAGCUUGGAAAAGCGCUUUAAUCAAAAAACAAAAUUGGUCACUCCUGGUCCUGGAACGUAUGGCAAUGGGGGGAUUCCCCAUUCCGCAAUUGAAGAAAAGAGCAAAGAAUCCUUCGGAAGUGUAGGUUUAUUAGACAUGGGCCCAAAAAAUCGUGGUCUACCAAUAACGGGUUGCGAGGUAGCUCCUGGUACUUAUGAAUUUAAGAGCGGAGUAGACGAGUUACUAACGAAGAGGACAGGAACUAGAGGACCUUACGACUGUUUUUCAUUAGACAGAAAUAAACCAAUUAAAACUGGUCAUCUAGCAUCGCCAGGUAUUAUAAAUCAAAGUUAUCUGCGGCCGCCCGAAACUGUCGACGAAAGGACUAAAACAGAUGAACUUAACGCUCGUGAUAAGAAAUAUCAUGGUCGAUUCUUGAGAGGCGAAGCUAGACCAUUAAAACCAGCAGAUCGUUUGAGCGUUACUUCGCAGAGUCAGUGGCCAAGAGAUGAGUCUGAUCCAGGUCCUGGAUUCUAUGAGCCUACUUCUGUAGAAAAACAUACUUUAAAAACUAAAGGCAAUCAUCCAGCUUUCAAUUCUAGUAGUUUGAGAAUGGAUAAAAGAGCUGUUAAGUUCUUUACUGGAAAUUACAAUCAUGUCGGACCUGGACGUUACGAUGUUCAGCGCUUUGAAGAAAGUCACGGUAAAAAGGGGCAUACAUCAGCAUUUAAGUGUCGCGUUAAUAGACCUAAUUCUGAGCAAAUUAAAUUCCUUUCCGAGAGACUACGACCGAGAAAUAUUCCAGUUCAUGAACGCCUGCAACUAACUGAAAAAUCACGUACUGUUGCCUAA